UUUCCGGCCGGCAGAGCCCGGGUUGGGCGUCCCUGGCCUGGCCUGCCGAGCCUGCCGGGGUGCAGAACCCCCACCGUGUACGGGCCUCGCUCGCCCACUUGCCGCGAGGAGUAAAGGAUGUGGUCGUGUCCAGAUGGUUCUCCCUGGGGUGGAACCGGGGACCUUCGCCUCUCCGCCUCUCAGAGGGGUUCUGCGCAUCUACGUGUCCGAUCAGUCCUGGGAUUAAGCGGUGUGCAGGGUCCUUCUCUAGCACAAGAGGAGCAGCCCUGUCUGGGAACAGGUCAGCGCCCCUCCUGGUGUCCAAGAGGGACUGGGAUGUGGCCUGGACCCGGAAAGCGGCAGAAAGAUGCUGCAGACCAGCAACUAUAGCCUGGUGCUGUCUCUGCAGUUCCUGCUGCUGGCCUACGACCUCUUUGUCAACGCGUUCUCCGAGCUCCUCCGCGUGGCGCCUGUCGUCCAGCUGGUGCUCUUCAUCAUCCAGGACAUUGCGGUCCUCUUCAACAUCAUCAUCAUUUUCCUCAUGUUCUUCAACACCUUCGUCUUCCAGGCUGGCUUGGUGAGCCUCCUGUUCCGUAAGUUCAAAGGCACCAUCGUCCUGACGGCCGCGUACUUCACCCUCAGCGUCUCCUUCCAUGUGUGGGUCAUGAACCUACGCUGGAGAAGCUCCAGCAGCUCCUUGUGGACGAGUGGGCUGCAGGUGCUAUUUGUGCUCCAGAGGCUGGCGGCGGUGCUGUACUGCUACUUCUACAAGCGGACGGCCCUGCGGCUGGGUGACCCACGCUUCUACCGUGACUCGGUGUGGCUGCGCCAGGAGCUCCUGCAGGGCCGGAGGUGACUCGGCCUUCCUGGCGGAGGCCAGCUUGGCUGCUGUGCAGGGUGAGCCAGUGGCUGUGGGCAGCAAGAUGCCCUCCUGCACCCUGUGGCUCCUGUGCCUGAUUUGCUGCGUGACCACCACACCCUCUGCCUCGCUUCUCUGUCCUGUGGCUCUGUGGGGACAGUGGACACCUGGGCCCCCAUUUCCCUGGUGCCUAAGGACACUGUGAGCACUAGCUCUGUGCUUCUGACCAGCGGCACCGUGGACAUUUCGAUUUCAUGCCCAAGGGGUGUUUUUACAUUUUAUAAAUAGGAAAUAAAUGGGACUCCUUUCUUGUAGACCAGAAGCUGCUGUGCUGCUGGAGCUCCCAGUGGGGUGCGGCCUCACGUCACCUUUCCCCUCCCGCAGUCUGCACACAGUCGGGCACAGCAGUUUCUCCCGAGCUUCAGGUGCUGCCCUCUCCCUGUCCAGUGCGCCUCCUGUCUCCUCCCUCCUCCCAUGGUAGGGAAAGUGUGAGCGGCUCCCGAGUCGUUUCCAUUGUCUAGUGAGGUACAACAAACCCCAGGACUUGGCACCUAGAAGUAAGCCGAGCAGCUCCACUGGGGGUUCAGUGGGGCUGGGCCGGGCAUUGACUUUCUCUGGCCCACGCAGCACUCGGGGUAUGUGGCUGAUCCAGGGUGACCUCGGGAGGGGUGGUGGGGACUCUGCCCUGGGGCGUGUGCUCUCUCCCCAGCAGCCUGGCCCAGUCUGUUCCGGUGCGGCGGGAAGAGCAAGCAGCCCCAGGUGCCUCAGCCAGGGCCAGCUGGGCAGCCAGAGCUUCAGGGCAGGAGAGCUGGCUGAGCACUAGGUCGGGGCUCAGGUGCUGAGCUCAGGCAUUGAUGCAGGGACAGCGUCACUUCAUCUGCCCAUCCCAGGACAGGUGUCUGUGAAACGGGGAAAGCCGCGCAUCUGUCCUCAUCAGAGUUUGAGGCCAGCCUAGGCUACAGGGUAAGGCCUGACCCCCAAAAUAAGAAAAGGUCCUGAGUUCGACUCCAGGUGCCAGCCAAAAAAAAGAUCUGUUUAAAAAAAAAGGAGGAAUGCACAGGUGAUAGCCAGCUCUUUAAGCAAAGGGCCAGAGAGCAGGUAUUUCAGGUCUAGGUUGUGGGCUGCACCUGUUUAGCUCUGACCACGGGGAUGUGGAGCAGCGGCAACUGUACGUAAAGAGGGAGCUGUGUGUGCUGGGCACGGGAGGCACUGUGGUCCCAGCACUUGGAGCAGGCAUGCCCUGAAUUCCAGGCGAGCCUGGGCUUCAUAGCAAGACCCUGCCUCAGAAGAACAAACAAGGAGCCGGGGAUUUGGCUCAGUGGU